AUGUUGAACAUGAGCCUUGUUAUGAUCAGUGAGAAUGUAAAGCUGGCCCGUGAAUAUGCCUUACUGGGAAAUUAUGACUCUGCGAUGGUCUACUACCAGGGAGUUCUUGACCAAAUGAAUAAGUACCUCUACUCUGUCAGAGAUACGUAUCUGCAACAGAAAUGGCAACAGGUUUGGCAAGAGAUAAGUGUGGAAGCUAAGCAUGUGAAGGAUAUAAUGAAAACACUAGAGAGUUUUAAACUAGACAGUACUCCGUUGAAAGCUUCACAACAAGAAUUACCAGCUCAUGAUGCAGAAGUCUGGUCUUUGCCAGUACCUGCUGAAGGGAAAGACUUGAGAGAACUCUUUCUGUUCCAUUUAUCUUGCCAGCUGGUGAAGUAUUUAGUUGUGGUAAUACGAAAAAGCCACAGUGAAAACUUGGGCCACGUUGUACCUUCGCCAGGACCCAGAAAACGUCAGUCUGCUCAGUGCAGUGAUUGCAGAGGUCACAAUAAUCGUAUAAGUGCAGCUGUCAGAGGCCCUCACCGUCCAUCCUCUCGAAAUCCCAAUGAUAAAGGGAAGGCAGUCCGCAGCCGGGAAAAAAAGGAUCAGCAAAAUAAAGGAAAAGAGGAAAAGAACAAAUCCACAUCUGAGAUUUCAGAGUCUGAACCAAAGAAAUUUGAUAGUACUGGAUACGAUAAAGAUUUAGUAGAAGCUUUGGAAAGAGAUAUAAUUUCUCAGAAUCCCAACAUUCGAUGGGAUGACAUUGCUGAUUUAGUAGACGCCAAAAAGCUGCUUAAAGAAGCUGUAGUUUUACCGAUGUGGAUGCCGGAGUUUUUUAAGGGAAUUAGAAGACCAUGGAAGGGUGUGCUGAUGGUUGGUCCUCCUGGUACUGGAAAGACCCUCCUGGCAAAAGCUGUAGCCACUGAAUGCAAGACUACUUUUUUCAAUGUUUCUUCUUCCACACUUACCUCAAAAUACAGAGGAGAAUCUGAGAAACUUGUUCGUCUACUGUUUGAAAUGGCUCGAUUUUAUGCCCCGACAACUAUAUUUAUUGAUGAGAUAGACUCUAUCUGUAGUCGCAGGGGAACUUCAGAGGAGCAUGAAGCUAGCCGACGUGUGAAGGCAGAACUGCUAGUUCAAAUGGAUGGUGUUGGAGGGGCUACUGAAAAUGAUGAUCCUUCCAAGAUGGUCAUGGUACUUGCUGCUACUAAUUUUCCUUGGGAUAUUGAUGAAGCCCUAAGACGGAGACUAGAAAAGAGAAUUUACAUUCCUUUACCAUCAGCAAAAGGUAGAGAGGAACUCCUAAGAAUAAAUCUGCGAGAGCUGGAACUGGCUGAUGAUGUUGACCUUGCAAAUAUAGCUGAGAAAAUGGAGGGUUAUUCAGGUGCAGACAUUACCAAUGUAUGCAGGUAUGUUAACAUUGCAUCAUUUGUGUUACUACUGCUACAAACUGAGAAAACUGUUUGUAGAGCUUUGGAGGUAGCACUGAAGUGUGGCAGUGCAAGGCUUGAGCUCCAGGUUGUGCCAACACAACUGUUGCGGGGCUGUACUUUGAACAGG